AUGCCCAGAUUGGAGCACGAUCUCCAGGGUCCAUCAGAUCAUGUCCCGAUCUGUGCAGAUCUUGAUAUUGGUCCCGAACUGCCCGGAUCUGGGCAACGGACAAUUAAACCCGGAAGCGAGGCUGAGAAGUCUUUCAUUUCGGAUAUUCUCCGGGAUCUUGCAGCUAUUCCUGUCGCAGCCCCAGCAACCAAGGAAGGCGUUGAAGCGUUGGCUGAUGCUAUCGCGGCAGCGUUCUCGGACGCGUGGCUUGCCCACUCGACCGAGUCCAAACCUACCAAGUGCUCCAAGUCCUGGUGGACGGACGAGUGCUCGGAGACAUUCGGAGUAUAUCAGUUGAGCCGCUCACUCGCUGAUUACAACAAGUUUAAGAAGGCGUGUAAAGACGCCAAACGUGAUUUCUUCGAUGAACGCAUCGCGGAAAUCGCUACCUCUCGCAAUCGCCCGUGGGACCUAAUGGAAUGGGUCAAACAGUGCAAGCUACCACCCUGUGAGGCCAUUCGCAAUGGCGACCAGCCUUGCCAUGAUAUGGACGACCUUUGGGACGCCCUCCAUGGCACGUACAACUCGGCCUCUGGUCACGAGUUGUUGAGUGCCCUUAAGGGGUGCUCCAACUCCUCUGCACCAGGACCGGACCAUAUCACAUGGGUCCACCUAAAGGAGCUGCUCAAGGAUAAACACGUCCUUGCGCUCUUCAUCGUGCUGGCUAACGCUUGCCUUCGGCCGAACAAGCCCUCCUAUUCCGUGCCAAAGGCCUUCAGGCCAAUUGUACUCCUCAUCACCUUCGGUAAACAUAUCGAAAAGAUGAUCGCUAAUAGGAUACAGUUUGACGCCAUCAAGCAUGAUAUCUUUCAUCCCAACCAACUUGGCGGCAUCUGCCAGAGGUCAACUGAGGACGCUGGAUUGAUUCUAACCCAUCUCGUGCGAGCGGGAUGGGUUAAGGGUCUCCAGACUAGCGCGCUGGCUUUUGACAUUGCGCAGUUCUUCCCUUCUAUCAACCAUGGGAUGUUCAUGGCUGUACUUCGCAAGCAAGGGUUCUCGCCGGUUCUGGUGGAAUUCUUUGCCUCCUACCUUGUUGGACGUUCCACAGUUUACUGUUGGAACACCUUCCAAUCCGACUCACAUUCUGCGGACGUGGGUGUCAGGCAGGGCUCAGCUCUCUUGCCUGUUAUCUCUGGGCUGUUCAUUGCUCUGGUAAUGAAGCUCUUCUAUAUCAAAGCAGCGCCACUCAACAUGACGCUGCUUUCCUUUGUGGAUGAUGGGACCAUUCUGGCCCAAUCCAAACAACUCAAUGAUAAUAAUGUGGGUCUGCGUAAGGCCUACAAGAUUAUCUACCUUCUCUUUGUUGCUUUCGCACUCGUUCUUGAACAUGACAAGACCGAGUUGUUCCACUUUUCGCGUCGACGAGAUGCCUAUAAUCCCUCGCUGGAUUUGGGAUACGCCCCACAUACCGGCGCUACACCUUUGAAGCCCAAGACCUUUUGGAGGUACUUGGGCUUCUACUUCGACCGCGGGCUCACGUUUCAUGAGCACGUUCGCUACUAUGCCACCAAGGCGUUCACCACCGUGCAAGCCAUGCGCAUGCUCGGGAACUCUACUAGAGGUCUCUCGCCUAAACAGCGCCGCCUCUGA